UCUCUCUCUCUCUCUCCUUUGCCGCCGACCGACCGAUCGACACUUGCAGCCAUUUUACGCAGGACUAACCCAAUCAUGUCGUGAAGAGGGAGGGAAAAGCUCGCUGGUCACCUGGGCAGAGCCAGCAGCCGCGCGUCCCGGUGAUCGCACACAGGCAGGCGGCCACGCAGGGUCCGGCCAAAAUGGUGAAGAGGAAAAGCCUGGAUGAAAACGAACCGGAGUGCGGGAAGGGAAUACCGUUCCCGAUCCAGACCUUCCUGUGGAGGCAGACCAGUGCUUUUCUGCGGCCAAAGUUGGGAAAACAGUAUGAGGCAUCCUGUGUGUCCUUUGAGCGAGUGCUGGUGGAGAACAAGCUCCACGGGCUGUCGCCGGCCCUGUCAGAGGCCAUCCAGAGCAUCUCCCGCUGGGAGCUGGUCCAGGCGGCGCUGCCUCACGUACUCCACUGCACCUCCAUCCUGCUGUCUAACAGGAACAAGCUUGGUCACCAGGACAAGUUGGGUGUGGCGGAGACCAAGCUGCUCCACACGCUGCACUGGAUGCUGCUGGAGGCCCCACAGGAGUGCAACCACGAGCCCAGCCUGAGCCACGGCUGGUCCAGGGGCAGCAGCAGUAGCGCCUUCCUCCAGCCUGUGGGGAACCAGGGUUCCUCCCCGGGAGCUCCUAGCUCCUGCUCCAGCUCGGGCCUGGGCGGGUUAGGACAACAGCACAGCGGCUCCCUGCUGGAGGAGGAUGAGCAUACUCGCACCAAGCUAUUCCAAAAGAGCAUGGCAACAGUAGAGCUGUUUGUGUUCCUGUUUGCACCGCUUGUUCAUCGGAUAAAGGAGUCAGACCUGACCUUCAGACUGGCUAGUGGUCUGGUAAUAUGGCAGCCAAUGUGGGAGCACCGCCUGCCUGACAUCCCUGCCUUUACUGCCCUCAUCAAACCUGCCAGAAACAUUGUUACAGCAAAGAGGAACUCCCCAGUCAACAACCAGUGCAGCCCCUGUGGAUCAGGCAACCCGGGUCCCAUGGGCUUCCAGGUGGUUUGCGAAGCCACCCAAUCAGAUUCCUCCUCCCCGUCAGCCGGGGAGCAGAGCUGUCGUCGUGGUAACUCAGUGGAGAAAGGUGGCCCUUCCCAACAGCAACCCCCACCGGUCAAAGGCCCUUCCAAGAAAAAAACAUCAGCUCCUGCCGGCCUGCCAGCAUCGUUGGCCCAGCGGGCGCGUUACGCCACUUAUUUUGAUGUGGCUGUGCUGCGCUGUCUGCUGCAGCCGCACUGGACGGAGGAGGGCGUGCACUGGGCCUUGAUGUACUACCUGCAGCGCCUCAGGCAGAUCCUGGAGGAAAGGCCUGAACGUCCCCCAGAGCCCUUGGUUGCGCCUCUGCCACGGCCACGCAGCAGCUCCAUGGUGGCUGCGACACCCUCACUGGUCAACACCCACAAGACUCAGGAUAUGAGCUUAAAAUGCAAUGAAGAGGGGAAAUCUCUGAGCACAGAGACCUUUGCAAAGGUUUCUCUGACUAACCUUCGUCGGCAGGCUGUCCCUGACUUGUCUUCCGACCUGGGCAUGAACAUCUUCAAGAAGUUUAAGAACCGCCGCGAGGACCGCGAGAGAAAGGGCUCCAUCCCCUUCCAUCACACGGGGAAGAAGCGCCAGCGUCGGAUGGGGGUUCCCUUCCUGCUGCACGACGACCACCUGGACGUCUCUCCCACCCGCAGCACCUUCUCCUUCGGAAGCUUCUCUGGCCUGGGUGACGACAGGCGGGCCCUGGACCGCGGAGGCUGGCAGGCCACCAUCAUGGGCAAAUUCACACGGCGGGGCAGCACAGACACAGCUGCAGAUGCAGACAGCCUGAGUGCCAAACACUCUCAUUCCCACCACUCGCUGCUCAGGGACAUGCCCGACCACUCUAACAGCCACAGUGACAACACCGUCAAGGAGGUUCGAUCUCAGAUCUCCACCAUCACCAUGGCGGCGUUCAACACAACAGUUGCGUCCUUUAACGUGGGCUACGCCGACUUCUUCACCGAGCACAUGAAGAAACUCUGCAACCCCGUGGCUGUACCUGAAAUCCCAGUGGAGCCGCUGGCAUGCGCAAACCUGCCGCGCAGCCUCACCGACUCCUGUAUCAACUACUCCUGUCUGGAGGAAGGCGAGAACAUCGAGGGCACCAAUAACUUUGUGCUGAAAAACGGCAUGUUGGACCUCACAGCUAUCCUGAGGGCUCUUUACUCCAUUCUCAGCCAUGAUAUCAGUUCCAGGAUCUGCGACGUGGCUCUCAACAUCAUCGACUGCCUGCUGCAGCUGGGCGUGGUGCCCGGCAUGGGCAAGAAGUUGUCCAAGCCAGAUAACAAGGAGAACCAAGAGGCUCGUGCCAAAGAUGCGGCUGCUCAGGGCCUCGGAGGAGUCGCCCAGGGAGGCGGGCCGAUUGCGGGGGCUGGAGGAGGUGGAGGAGGGGGUGGUGGAGGAGGGGGGGGAGGGGGAAGUGGUGGAGGGAGCGGGCAGGGGAGCAAAGACGAUGUGAAAAAUAAUAAGGAUGACGAUAAAAAGGAAGAAGCUGGUGGCCUCAGCCCCCACCGCCUGGCUUUGACCAUGCUCAUAAAAAUAGUCAAGUCUCUGGGCUGUGCUUACGGCUGUGGUGAGGGCCAUCGAGGACUAUCAGGAGAUCGCCUGAGGAUGCAGGCCCAGAACUGCCUCACCAACCUGUAUAAGCUGGACAAGCUUCAGUUUCGCCUGACUAUGCGCGAGUACGUCAACAAAGACUCCCUCAAUAACAUAGUCGACUUCCUGCAUGCACUGCUGGGCUUCUGCAUGGAGCCCAUCACUGACAAGUACGGCAGUGCAGGUGAGAGGUCCAGGAGGGCGAAAAAAAGAAACAUCGACAAGGCGGGCUUCGGAAACAACUUCACCACAGGAGACAACAAAUCUGUGGCCCAGAAUAUGGAGGCCGUGGUGGUGGGCUGCAUGUUCAAGUCCCUCAUCACCCGCUGCGCCUCAACCACACAUGAGCUGCACAGCCCCGAGAACCUGGGUCUGUACUGUGACAUCCGCCAGCUGGUCCAGUUCAUUAAAGAGGCCCACGGAAACGUGUUCCGCAGGGUGGCACUGAGCGCGCUCCUGGACAGCGCGGAGAAGGUCACCGCCACCAAGAAACCUGAUGAGAAGGAGGAGACCAAACAGCCCGGUCCCAGGAGGUCAGAGGCGGGUGUGUCCGGGGAGAAGGGUCAGGUGUCCAGUACUGCAGACGAGUGUCGCAGCUACAUCUCCAGUAGACCCCCCCAGACACCCGAACAUGAAGAACAGAUCCCGGGUGCUCUGCUGGGCAGGAAGGAUUUUUGGAGGAAGAUGUUCAAGUCGCAGAGCGCCGCCAGCGACACCAGCAGCCAGUCAGAGCAAGACACCUCAGAGUGCACCACCGCACACUCUGGCACCACCACCGACCGCCGCUCGCGAUCCAGAUCCCGUCGCAUUUCGCUUCGCAAGAAGUUGAAGCUGCCUAUCGGGAACUGGCUGAAGCGCUCCUCUCUCUCUGGACUGACUGACGGCGUCGAGGACUUGCUGGAUAUCAGCUCGGUGGAUCGACUCUCCUUUAUACGUCAGAGUUCAAAGGUGAAGUUCACUAGUGCAGUGAAGCUGUCUGAAGGUGGCGCUGUAGGGCCGGAGUACGGCAGGGACGAGGAGGAGAAUUUCUUCAAGCGGCUCGGUAAAUGGAGGUCUGGCAGGAGGAAUCCAUCCAAGCUUCACCACACAGAAGAGAAAGAUGGACCUCACGGUUUCCAGGAGCGUCUUGCAGCCAGCCAGGAGGCCAUGAAGAACAAGAAUGUAGUGAAUUUGGGCGCCAUCCGACAGGGUAUGAAACGCUUCCAGUUUCUCCUGAACUGCUGCGAGCCGGGAACCAUACCAGAUGCCUCCAUCCUCGCCGCUGCUCUGGACCUCGAAGCCCCAGUUGUGGCCAGGGCCUCCCUUUUCCUCGAAUGUGCCAGAUUUGUCCACCGGUGUAAUCGUGGCAACUGGCCCGAAUGGAUGAAGGGCCACCACGUAAACAUCACCAAGAGAGGGCUGUCCAGGGGCCGAUCGCCUAUUGUGGGCAAUAAAAGAAACCAGAAGCUCCAGUGGAACGCUGCCAAGCAUUUCUGCCAGUGGGGAGACGCGAUUGGCACGAGGCUCAGCGAACUCUGCCACUCGGACAGUGAGAGCCCCGCCAACAUCCUGGGUUAUAUUUAUGAUGAAGAGACCAAACGCAGAAUGAGGAAAGAAGACGAGGAAGAAGACUAUUUAGAUGACAACACGGUCAAUCCUACAAAAUGUGGCUGCCCCUUCGCACUGAAGAUGGCUGCUUGCCAGCUGUUGUUGGAGAUCACCACUUUCCUGCGAGAGACCUUCCCCUGCUUACCACGACCGCGCACCGAACCGCUUGUGGAUCUGGACAGCUGCCGCCUGCGUCUGGACCCAGAGCUCGGCCGCCAUCGCUACGAGAGGAAGAUCAGCUUUGCGGGCAUCCUCGAUGACGAAGACGGGCACGAUUCCCUCAACAGCAGCAGCCACACUCUGAAGUCUGACACCACCUGCGAUGAUAAGAAGACCCAGGAGGCUCAGGACAAUCUCUCCCCACUCCCCUGCUCUCCAGCACCAGUGCGGAAGAUUCGUAUCGGAGGCUCGCGCCUGCUUCAGAUCAAAGGGGCCCGCAGUUUUCGUGUGAAGAAGGUCGGUUCGCUGUCUUCGAUACGCAGAGCAGGGAGUCUGAAGAGCACCAAGCUGUCUCGGCAGGACUCUGAGUCUGAGAACGAAGAAGGCCUGCUGUCACAAACGCAGAGCAGGGACACAGUUACUGACAUCGGCAGUCCCUUCAGCACCAGUGAACCCAGCAUCGAGCCAGAAGGUCAGAGCUCAGGAGGAACGGAGGACAACUACCACCGCAACAUGUCCUGGCUUCACAUUAUGAUCCUGCUGUGCAACCAGCAGAGUUUCAUCUGUACCCACAUAGACUUCUGCCACCCACGCUGCUACCAGCACCACAGCCGCUCCUGCGCCCGUCUGGUCCGCGCCAUCAAGCUCGUGUACGGGGAGACGGUGGACAGCCUGAGGGAGGACAGCGCCUCCUCUGGUAACAUCGGAGGACGUGUGAAGAAAAACAAAGAGUGUUCAGACAAGUCUUGUCUGAGGACCCCGUCCAUGAAGAGAAGACCCACUGACUGCAACACAGAAGGGAAGAAGGAUACAGGCAUGCUCAAGUACAUCCGCAAUCAGGUGAUGAGUUUGUCACCAGCUCCUCUUUCACUGCUGAUCAAAGCAGCUCCUAUCCUGACUGACGACAUGUACGGAGACAUCCAGCCCGCAGCCUGGGAACUCCUACUCAGUGUGGAUGAACAUAUGGCAGCCGCUGCUGCUGCCUUGUUCCUCCUGUGCGCCGUAAAGGUCCCUGAUGCAGUGACCGAAAUGAUGAUGGCAGAGUUCCAGCACCCUGAGGCCUGCCAGCGCAUUAACUCCAUCCUGAAGUUUUACACUCUGUGGCGUUUUCGCUAUCAAGUGUGGCCUCGCAUGGAGGAAGGAGCCCAGCAGAUCUUUAAGAUCCCUCCACCCAGCAUUAACUUCACUCUCCCUUCUCCAAUACUGGGCAUGCCCUGUGUCCCCAUAUUUGACCCUCCCUGGGUGCCCCAGAACACUGGCAGCGUCCAGGAUCCAAUCAACGAAGACCAGUCUUACCCCACAUUAAUUCAGUCAGUCCAUGCCAUAAAAUCCUUCUCUGCGCGGGCGGUGUCGCGCUCCCACCAGCGAGCCGAGCACAUCCUCAAGAACCUGCAGCAGGAGGAGGAGAAGCGGCGUCUGGGCCGCGAGGCCAGCAUCAUCACAGCCAUCCCUGUGGCUCAGGAGGCCUGCUACGAACCCACAUGCAGCCCUCCACCCGAGCAAGAGGAGGAAGCAGAAGAAGUGGUGAACCUGGCAUCACGACGUCUGUCUGUCAGCCCAUCCUGCGCCUCCAGCAACUCCCACAGGAACUACUCUUUCCGCCGGGGCUCUGUAUGGUCUGUCCGCUCGCUGGCCAGUGCUGAAGAUGAAGAAAACACAACAGAACACACACCCACUCACCACAUGCUACAGCCGCCUCAAGCUGUCUUCCCAGCAUGCAUCUGUGCUGCCGUCCUACCAAUAGUGCACCUCAUGGAAGACGGCGAAGUUCGAGAGGAUGGCGUGGCUGUGAGUGCUGUUGCCCAGCAAAUCCUCUGGAACUGCCUCAUUGAAGAUCCAGCUCUAGUUCUCCGCCACUUCCUGGAAAAGCUGACAGUGAGCAACAGACAGGACGAGCUGAUGUACAUGCUUAGGAAGCUCCUGCUCAACAUUGGAGAUCUGCCAGCCCAGACCUCUCACAUCCUUUUUAACUACCUGGUGGGCCUGAUCAUGUAUUUUGUGCGGACUCCCUGUGAAUGGGGCAUGGACGCCAUCUCGGCCACGCUGACCUUCCUCUGGGAGGUGGUCGGCUACGUGGAGGGGCUCUUCUUUAAAGACCUGAAGCAGACCAUGAAGAAAGAGCAGUGUGAGGUCAAACUGCUGGUCACAGCAUCAAUGCCAGGAACCAAAACACUGGUGGUGCACGGGCAGAAUGAAUGUGACAUCCCAACCCAGCUACCAGUCCAUGAAGACACUCAGUUUGAAGCCCUGCUAAAGGAGUGUCUGGAAUUUUUCAACAUUCCCGAGGCCAGAUCGGCACACUACUUCCUCAUGGAUAAACGAUGGAACCUCAUCCAUUAUUCAAAGACAUAUGUUAGAGACAUCUACCCAUUCCGAAGGUCAGUCUCUCCUCAGCUCAACCUGGUCCACAUGUUGCCUGAGAAAGGACAGGAGCUCAUCCAGAAACAGGUGUUUUCCCGUAAACUAGAAGAAGUCGGUCGAGUCCUCUUCCUCAUCUCCCUCACACAACACAUGCCAGCUGUGCACAAGCAGUCCCACGUCUCCCUGCUGCAGGAGGACCUGCUUCGCCUGCCCUCCUUCCCCCGCACUGCCAUCGAUGCAGAGUUCUCCCUCUUUAAUGAGCCUCAAGGAAAAGAGCUGUUUGGCUUGGACACUCUCCACAAGGUGUUGUGGAUCAAACUGCUGGAGGAAAUGUUUCUGGGCAUGCCCAGUGAGUACCCGUGGGGCGAUGAGAUGAUGCUGUUCCUUAACGUCUUCAACGGGGCCCUGCUGCUGCACCCCGAGGACAGCUCCCUGCUGAGGCAGUACACGGCGACCGCCAUCAACACCGCCGUUCACUUUAACCAUCUGUUCUCCCUGAGCGGGUACCAGUGGAUGCUGCCAACCAUGCUGCAGGUCUAUGCAGACUACGAGAGCAACCCUCUUCUGAGGCAGGGCAUUGAGUUUUGCUGCAGGCAGUUUUACAUCCUCCAUCGAAAACCCUUUAUCCUGCAGCUGUUUGCCAGCGUUGCUCCGCUGCUCGAGUUCACAACCAGCACCAGUACCGGUCUUUCUAAAGGAGUUUCGGCCCAGUGUCUGUUCGACCUGCUGGUCUCUCUAGAAGGUGAAACCCAGGACGCCCUGGAUGCUCUGGAGCUGGUCAAAGCUGAGAAGCCUCUACGCUCUCUGGAUUUCUGUUAUGGUAAUGAGGACUUGACCUUUUCUAUCAGCGAGGCCAUCAAGCUGUGCGUCACUGUGGUUGCAUAUGCCCCCGAAUCCUUCAGGAGUCUCCAGAUGCUGAUGGUGCUGGAGGCCUUGGUUCCCUGCUACCUCCAGAAACUGAAGAGCAACACAGUUACGAUGGAGUCUGCUUCGGCUGCCAGAGAUGAGAUUGCGGCCAUCGCUGCCCUAGCUACGUCUCUGCAGGCCCUGCUCUACAGCUCUGAAGCCCUCACAAGGCCCAUGACGGCUCCCCAGAUGUCUCGCUGUGACCAGGGCCACAAGGGCGGCACUACAGCUAACCACGCCAUGUCCGGAGGGGUCAACACCAGGGACAAUCUUCACCUGCUGGAGGAGGGCCAGGGCAUGCCAAGGGAGGAGCUGGACGAGCGCAUCGCCAGGGAGGAGUUCCGCCGUCCACGGGAGUCCCUGUUGAACAUCUGCACCGAGUUUUACAAACACUGCGGGCCACGGCUCAAAAUCCUGCAGAACGUUGCAGGCGAGCCCCGGGUCACAGCUCUGGAACUACUGGACAUCAAGUCCCACAUGAGGCUGGCGGAGAUCGCCCAUGCCCUGCUGAAGCUGGCGCCCUACGACACCCUGACCAUGGAGAGCCGAGGGCUGCGGCGUUACAUCAUGGAGAUGCUGCCCAUCACCGACUGGUCGUCCGAGGCCGUCCGGCCUGCCCUCAUCCUCAUCCUCAAGAGGCUGGACCGCAUGUUCAACAAGAUCCACAAGAUGCCCACGCUCAGGUGCGCUCGCCCUCAGGCUUUAUGCAGCAGGAGACAGGUGGAGUGGGAGGCGGCCAGCAGCCUGAUCGAGGGGAUCUGCCUGACCUUGCAGCGACAGCCAAUCAUCUCGUUCCUGCCUCACCUGCGCUCGCUUAUCAACGUCUGCGUCAACCUGGUGAUGGGUGUGGUCGGCCCCUCCAGUGUGGCGGACGGGCUGCCACUCCUCCACCUCAGCCCCUACCUGUCUCCGCCUCUGCCCUUCAGCACCGCCGUGGUACGAUUGGUUGCUCUGCAGAUUCAGGCCUUGAAGGAAGACUUCCCCCUCAGUCACGUGAUCUCACCUUUCACCAAUCAGGAAAGGCGGGAGGGGAUGCUGCUCAACCUGCUCAUUCCCUUCGUAUUAACUGUAGGCUCUGGGAGCAAAGACAGCCCCCACCUGGAGCAGCCGGAGGUCUUCCUGCUCCUACAGACAGUCAUCAACAUCCUGCUUCCCCCUCGUAUCAUCUCCACAUCCCGCACCAAGAACUUCAUGCUUGACGCCUCUCCGGCUCACUGCUCCACGCCGGGCGACCCUGGGAAAGAUCUGCGUAGGGAGGGAUUAGCAGAGUCCACGAGCCAGGCUGCUUAUUUAGCUCUGAAGGUGGUGCUGGUUUGCUUCGAGCGCUCGCUGGGGAACCAGUGGUAUCGGCUGAGCCUCCAGGUGAAGGAGAUGGCUCUGAGGAAGGUGGGCGGUUUGGCCUUCUGGGACUUCAUCGACUUUAUCGUCCGAACCCGGAUCCCUAUUUUUGUCCUGCUCAGACCCUUUAUACAGUGCAAGUUGCUGACCCAGCCGGCCGAUUCCCAGGAAGAGAUCACAGCACGCCACCACAUCGCUGAUCAGCUGGAGCGGCGCUUCAUCCCACGACCUCUCUGCAAGAGCUCACUGUUUGCAGAGUUCAACAAUGAGCUCAAGAUCCUCAAAGAGGCUGUGCACAGCGGCUCGGCAUAUCAGGGCAAGACAUCCAUCAGCACGGUGGGCACCUCCACGUCAGCCUACCGCCUCAGUUUGGCCACAAUGUCGCGGUCCAACACAGGCACUGGAACAGUUUGGGAGCAGGACAGCCAACCGUCACGGCAGCCCUCACAGGACACGCUCAGCCGUACCGACGAGGACGAUGAAGAGAUUGACUCCAUGAGCAUUCCCAGCGUGGUGAGCGAGCACGAAGCCUUCAUGCCCAGGGUGAUGUCACAGCGCCGUUUCUCCAGCCACGCCACUGGCUCGGCAGCUUCUCAGCCCGAGGCCCCCCGCACCACCAUGUUGCCCAGCCACAGUGAACCCAAUGUGCUAGAUGAGUCCCAGGGUCUUCUGCAGGAGGGUAACCUCUCUAGGGUGGCCAGUGUGCAGAGCGAACCAGGUCAGAACCUCCUGAUCCAGCCUCCGUUGGGAAGAAAGCGAGGACUCAGACAGAUGCAACGCCCCCUGCUGUCCAUUCCAAAAACCGAACCGCGCGGUCGAUCUGGAGCGAGGCUUUCUACAACGCGCAGGAGCAUCCAGCCCAAGAACAAACCACUGGAAACUUUAUUGGACUGUGAAGCGCAUGGAGACCAAAAGAGGUCAGUCACCUUUACAGAGAAUCAAGGCCAGCAGGCGUCCACGGGGGCAAGCAAGCCUCCAACUCCCAGCACUGUGGACCCACCGGGCGAAGGCAGAGGGACAAGUCCUGCCCCAUCAAAGUCCCCAACCCUGGAAGUACCCCCCACCUCUUCAGCCAUGAUCAUGGCUGACCUGCACGGACCUACAAAUGCACAGGUCCCUCAAGCAUUAAGCAGCAAGGAGAAGAGAGAGCAGUGGGGGCUCCGCAGCAGCCUCUCCCCUCCCCCAUCCAUCUCCCGGCCUUCCACUCCAACACCCCCAUCCCGAACCUGCUCCCCUCUCCCCCUCUCCAGAACCUGCUCCCCUCUCCCUUUGUCCCGCACCUCCUCUCCUCUCCCACCGCCACUCCCGGUGCUGAGCACAGCACCCGCCCCGGGUCCACCGCCGCCACCUCCAUUACCACCAACUCAUCUUGCUGCUGCGCCUCCUCCUCCACCACCACCACCGGGGCCUUCCAGGAUCAGAGAGAGCCCCGGGGACGAGGACACAACCGCCCUGCUGCCGCGCAGCGACACCCUGCUCCAGCUCAGCGAGGACGACGGCACCGAGAACCCGCUUCUCACCCCGCUGCUGUCCCCUCCUUCCCCCCGCCGGUCGCCCCGCCGCUCUCCCCUCCCCCUCUCACCCGUCGACCUGGACCUGGAUGAGUCCCACGUGUGAGAGAGGUGACGGAUGGAUGUUUUUUCUAUCCAGAUGCUCUAUAAAACACAAAAAGUAAAGUUUUAGGUUUUACUGAAAGUCUUAAACAGUUUGAAAGGACAGGAAUGUUUUGGCUUUAUGUCUCCUAAAUGAAGAAAACUCCUUCCUCUGUCUGAAAUAUGACAAAUCAGAGUCACUCUCUUAUCUUCUCUGUCCUCAGUCUGAGGGCUGAAUGUAUGUUACAGCAGCAAUCGACAUAACGUCUCAUCUCUGGUCCUCACCAAGAGCAGAAAUGUAUUUUCAGCAAUGAUAUCAAAUAUCUAUUUAAGAUAAGAAAAAGGAUUAUUUAACUCAGUAAUGACUAUUUAAAAUAGAAAAUAUGUCUAUAUUGAAAAAGGAGAUGAUAUAACAUGUGAUGUGGUGCAGAUUUGUAUAAACGUUAUAAAGAGCCAUUCUAAAGAUAAAGUAAGUGACUUAUCUUAGCACCUUUAUUUGAAAUGGAGUAAAGGGAAUAAAUAUAUAAUACAGCAUAUGUAUUUUAAUCACAUAGAAGUGGAGUAUGACAUGUUGUAAUCCAGAAGUCUAUGAGAUUUUAUAUUUUAGAAAGAGAUGGUUUUUUUCUGUCAUUUGCACUGCAAAAUGUUCAUAAAGUCGAAUACACGUGUUUCCAGCUAAAACUCCGUCAUAUCCAGUGCUUUGUUAAGUGAUGCUGUUUGUAAAGUAAACGUCUUGACGUGGAUAAAGACUUUUCCAUCGACUCUGCUGAAAAAUAAAAGUUUAGGAUAAAUCAGAGACGCUCAACAGGAUAACCGAAACAAAUUCAACACAAUUUUGACUUUUUGUUUUUUUAGCAUGGAUGCAAUCUGAAAGGCUAACGCUAAACUGUAAACAUGGUCACAUGACUUUUUCAUGUGAUAAGAUGUUGUGCCGCCUAAUCGUGCUCCCUGUAUUACAGCACAGUCUCACAGACAGCAGCUUAUGAAGUAGUUGCGACCUUUGUGUUCAUGUAUAUGCACCUCAUAUUUUCCACGUUUAAAAGGAAAAAAAAAAGUCCACAGUUGCACAGAUUGACAGAGUUACAUGGAUGUGAGAGAUUACAGGGGUUGCAGUAGUUGGAAGAAUGGGACAGAUUGCAGAAAUUGCAAUGGUAGCAGGGAUAUGAGGGAUUGUAGGAAUUGUGAGGGUUGCAGAGAUGGGAGGGAUUGCAAGGGUUGUAACGGUAGCAGGAAUAGGAGAGACUGCAGGAAUGUGUAAAAAAUUCACUUUUGGUGUAUUUACUGAUGCAUCCCACCAACCCCAACGAUGGCGCGGACCAUAGUGUGCACCAUAACUGGAGAGAAAAUCAUGGUACCAAUCAGUGAAUUUCAAGAACUUCGUAUGGUAGACCCUCCCACAGCCUCUGUCAUCCGAGGCUUCAUCUCUGGGGCCUGGCUGUGGAAACACAGCAAAAAACCAACCAAUUCCCCUUUUAAAUAUAGAGACACUACAUUUGAAUAUGUUUUAUCUGUUAGUUUUAGGAAGAAGGUAGUAUUCACCGGUAGAUAAAUAAACCAACACCGGUUGUGCUAUCGCCAUCAUCAUGCAGUCAUAAUGUCCUACCAUUGUCUCAUUGAGUUCAGCUCUAACUCUACAGUGUAUGUUGUGCACAAUAUUUUAUUUAGGACCAAAGACUGUAUCUUUACAUAGCAGUUAUAUAUAUAAGAAAAAGGCAUAUAAUAUUUACAGAGACACUUGUCCUGGUGUUGGUCAUGCUGUUCUGUUUGUGUCUGUGAUGUCUUCUAUUCAGAGCAGUGGGGACGGGAAGUCUCUUAUCUUUAUUGCAACUGUGACGAUGCAGUAGAUAGACGUUACCUCGUUUCUCAUUUCAUGCCUUAACAGAGACGUCUGCAUACAUCGGUUUAUUUAGUCCACUGAGAACCUCAUACCUCCAGGAGUAUCCACUGAAACAGUCCCACAGUAACGUCCGGUUGUUUUCUGUCUGCCGUGUUCGUGACACUCAGCUGCUUGCUGUGGCCUCCACACUCAAACCUCUUUGUGUGCUGUCAGGCUACAGAAGACAAAACGUGCCAUAACUCACACCAGUGCACUGUGAGUGUUUUAUUGUUGGCUGCUUCUGUCUUUCUUUUGUCUGUGUCAUGAUUUGUGAAAAAUUAUGUAAUCAUUUUGGUUACGCAGUUAUGCAGCGGGAAUGAUGCAUUUCUUAAAGGGGGUUGUCGUUGUGUCGUCUAAAUCCACGCAGCUCUGCAAAUUCUUCAUUUGAUGUUUCUAAAUGCAUAUCACGCCAAGCCUAGAGUGUAAAGACGCAUCGGCAUAUUUAUAGUCGAGGGUCGCUGGGUUUGUCGUAUCGGAACUCCCUUUAAAUGUAACAUGUCUGUGUCGAAUGAUGUCUUCUUUGUGCAAAGAUUAAAUAAUAAAGCUUCAGUAUAUCAGAAUAUUUCCUAAAUAUCUAAAUAAAUGGAUAUUGUUU